AUGAGUCCUCCACUCAAUCUACUAUCUUGGAUUCUACUCCUGGGUUAUGCCUUGGCCAGUCCACCCUACCAAGCUGUGGCCGACGCAAGUGGGCCAGCAGUCACCAUUCGAAACGGCACCUUGACUGGAACCUUUAAUACCCACUACAAGCAAGACUUCUUCUUGGGAAUCCCAUAUGCUGCGCCGCCUGUCGGACCACUUCGCCUCCAGAAGCCGUCUGCUGCAGAUGGAUGGACUGGUAACAAGAAGGCAACUGUAUACUCACCACGAUGCAUGUGGAAUUCCCUUAACUUGAUUGGUUUCAGUCAGAAUACGACUGAUCCUAUGGACGAAGACUGUUUGUACCUUAAUGUUGUCCGACCCUCUGGUACCCAGACAGGCGAGAAGUUGCCUGUCCUUGUGUGGAUCCAUGGUGGCGGGUAUCAAGAGGGUAGUGCUCGUGAUGGUAGAAAUAACGGAACUUUUCUCGUCGAAACCUCCAGAAAAAUGAAGACUCCGAUCAUAUUCGUCACCUUCAACUAUCGUCUUGGGGCUUUUGGUAUCCUUCCAGGCCGCGAAAUCGAAGAGGCUGGUCUGGCGAAUCUAAACCUUCAAGAUCAGCGACAAGCCCUUAGGUGGAUCCAGGAAAACAUCGCCGAUUUCGGCGGUGACCCGUCUCGUGUUACUAUAAUGGGGGAGUCAGUUGGAGGCCUCUCAGUUGGGUUUCACCUUUUGGCAUAUGAUGGUAGGGAUGAUGGGCUUUUUAGUGGUGCGAUCGCUCAGAGCGGCGGUCCCCCUUUGACCAUCGCAACGACUCGUAAUGCUACGGAGAGAGAAGCCGAUUUCCGAGAGGUUCUUGAACAAGCAGGAUGUUUGAACAGCACACAGCCUCUUGUCUGCCUUCGAGAAGUUCCAGCCGACAUUUUGAGGCAGGCUGGCCAGAAAUUACCACCUCGUAUAACCGUUGAUGGCGACAUGGUCGGUAACCUGAGCGCGCAGUUACGACAAGGUCGCUUUGUCCGAGUUCCUCUUAUGAUUGGAACAACAAGGAACGAAUGUACCACCUUCGUUCAAGAAGAAGUCAGGGAGCCCAUCGAUACUGAAGAAGCGCUCAGACAAUUCAUUGGAACUUCUCUAGGGAAGCAAGGCAUUUCCAACAAGUCCAUUCAACGCUGGUCUGAGCUUUAUCAGGAUGAGAUUGAUAACCCUUCCGAGGGCGGUUUGGGUACGGUACUUCCCAACCCAGGCUCUCAGUAUGGUUCUCAGUAUGGCAAAGCAACUCUAUGGCUGGGAGACAUGAUGUUUGCCACCAACCGUCGCCUUUCGAACCGAGCAUGGGCAAAUUAUCGGGUUCCGAGUUACAGCUUUCUUUUUGAUACGGUAACUGCUCCCAUGGAUCCAGAAACACUAGGAGCUGCUCACUUUCAGGAAAUGCCUUAUGUGUUUGGUAACACUCAGGGGGUUGGCUACGAUCAGGACCCUUUCCCAUCUAACACAGCUGAACGACAGAAGCAUUAUAAGCUUGCAGAGAUUAUGAGCCGAAUGUGGAUCAGCUUCGUAACCACCCAGUCACCGAACUCUCACCAGAUAGUCCCUGACUUUAACAUUAAUUGGCCAGAAUAUUCGAAGGAUAAGCCUCAGAACAUGGUAUUCAGCGUUUCUCAGGGAACCCACUUACAAUUUGAUACAUGGCGAGUCGAGGCUAUAGACAAGAUAGCCGAGACUUAUGGCGCCCUGUGA